AUUGUGCCCUAGAUUGAACGCUGGGAAUUUUAUUUUUCAUAAUUUAACUGAGCAUUUUUUUUCUCGGUUCUCCACUCGUCAAUUAAUAUUCUUCUUCUACAGAUUCGGAACUUCAAUUGCUUGGUAAAAAUGGAUCCUGAGACCGCACGAACUGCAAGGGACUCACUGGAUCUGGCGUUUCAAAUGUCAAACAUUCUCGAAACUGGACUGGAUCGCCAUACGCUUUCCAUUCUCAUUGCACUUUGCGACAUGGAUCUCAAUACUGAGGCAUUGGCAGCAAUAAUUACGGAGCUUCGUACAGAAUGCCUGCCAAUUUCUCCCCUAAUAUCAGAACUUCCUUCAUCGGAUAAUUGAGAUAUGAGACCGAGGCAACGAAUCUGAGUUGAAUGGUCUUUGGUGCUGGUGUUCUUUCUCCAUUUUGUUUUGUCCAUGCUCGAUAUUCGUUAGUUUUCUGUCUUGUGGUUCUAGUCCUUGUACACUACGAUAAAGAGUGCGAUUUCAUGAAUUGCAUUAUCGUUCAGUUCAAUCCAAUGUUGCGUCACACAUGGUAUGUUUUAUUGCCUUGAA